AUGCACAUGUACAGGCAGGAGGAUGACCAGCUGGAGAGCAGCUCUGCAGAGAGGGACCUGGGCAUCCUGGAGGACACCAAGCUAAGCAUGGGCCGGCAAUGUGCCUCGAUGGCCAAGAAAGCCAAUGGUGCGCUGGGGUGCAUUAGGAGGGUUGUUGACAGUGGGUUGAGUGGGCUGGCACCAAUGCGGUUAUAUACCCUGUCCAAGCGGCAUUUUGUCCUGGUCUUUGUCGUAUUCUUUGUUUGUUUUGGUUUGACAGUCUUCAUAGGAAUAGCAGGCCCUAAUGUUAUUGAAACUUCUGUAGCAAGAACUGACUUAAAUAACAGCCUGAAGCUGAAGCCAUUUAAUUUAAGUUCACCACCACUGUCUACUUACAAUCAGCAGCUGUGGCUGACCUGCAUAGUUGAGCUGGAUCAGCACGAUGUAUCGCUCAAGAAGAAUGUUACCAUGGCAGUCAAAGUGCUAGGGGUGGUGAAGGAUGGAAGCACACCGUUUGUUAAUAAUCAAGUCCACAACCGCACAAGAUUGCUCAACUGUGCACAAAAAUGUACUGAAAUCAUUGUUGCUCACCUUGGCUACCUGAAUUAUACUCAGUACAACAUAUUUGUUAACUUUGAAGAUCUAAAUAAGUUAACUUAUACUAUCCAGAAUAUUACUUUCACAGUAAGUAUAAUUAUUUUAAUAACUAGUGCUGUAGAAGUCUGCUUUAUCA